CGCCAUCGCGGCGUCCCUCGAGAGUCGACCACCUCGACGGCCGACCAAUAUAGCAACCUAUACAGGGCAUUCUCAUCUCAUGGCGACGACGGAGACGAUGGAGAUGGGCAUGGGCGUCGUCGUCGACGGCGUCAGUAGCAACGGAUCAGGCGGCUGCGGCGGGCUGGUGGUGACGGAGCUGAGCCACAUCAAGGAGCUGGUGAGGCAGCUGGAGGUGCACCUCGGUGGCUCCCCGGACCUGUGCAAGCACCUGGCCUCGCAGAUCUUCUCCCUCACCGAGCGCUCCAUCGGCCUCAUCACCUCCUCCUCCAGCUCCAGCGGCCUCGACGGCGCCCGCCGGAAGCGCUCCGCGGGCGACGCCGGCCUCGCCUCGCCGCUCUCGGCCACGCCCACCAGCGGCGUCACCGACGGGCCGUUCAAGAACACCAAGAAGAGGAAGGCGAUGGAACAGCGGAGGCAGAGGGUGAGCUCGGCCGGCGGCGAGAACCCGGUCGACGACGGCCGUAGCUGGAGGAAGUACGGCCAGAAGGAGAUUCUCGGAGCCAAGCACCCAAGGGGCUACUACCGCUGCUCGCACCGCUACUCGCAGGGGUGCCAGGCGACGAAGCAGGUGCAGCGCACCGACGAGGACCCGACGCUGUACGACGUCAUCUACCACGGCGAACACACCUGCGCCCCCCACAGGCCGGCGGCGGCGGAGCACAACCCGGACGCGCGCGGCCACCUGCAGACCCUGAGCGCCGGCCUCACGGUGAAGACCGAGGGACUGCCGGACCCGCCGCGGGGCCGGGGCGCCGCCACGCCCUUGUACCUCUCCGCCUCCUCCACGCCGCCGUCCACGUCGGAGAACUGGGGCGUGUCGCCCGCGACCUCGGGCUCCACCCACGUCGCCUCCUUCCGGCCGUUCGAGGCCGCCGAGUGGCGGGGGCAGGCCGAGCACCAGGAAGUGGUGUCCGCGCUCGUGGCCGCCAUCGCGCCGCCGCCCGCCGUCGACAGCCUCGACGACCUGCUCAUCGACAUAGAUCUAGACGACAUCGCGAGCUUCUUCGCGUGACCCGCGCGUUGUAGCAGCCGAUGUGGCGUAGUAUGUGACCGAGCCCUCUGGCUCUGCUUCCUGAAACUGGAACAGAACAGAGGAGGGAAGAGCACCAAAGCUCUGCUUCCUGGGGUCCAUGCAGAUGCAGGAUGCAGGCGUAAAAACCUAGGAGAUGAACAAGAGUAGAGACUGCAUUUUUUUACCCCUCUUUUUUUGUUAAUCUUUUUCCUCUUUCAGAGGACUGAGGGUAGUGUUUGUAUUGUAUUAUUGAUUUUUAAUGCCAAUGGGAAAAAUAAGAUCCUUCGUGCC